AUGACAUCCAUCAGACCUAGCACUCCGCCGCCUCAACCAGCGGGACUGGAGGCCAAAUCUCCACUCACCCCAGAGCAGAUACGACGACUUGAGAUUAGCCGUCUCAAAGCCAAAGCAUUACGCGAACAACGGGAAGCAGAACGUGCGGCCGCAAACCCUACUCCUCCAUCACUUUCUCUAUCCAAGUCUACCGUCGCAGGCCAGAAGCGUUCCUUUGCAACAUUCAAUGCACAGACUCCCGCCACAAGCAGAGAUGCGAAGAAGGAUCAGGCCAGCUCCGACCGACCGUUGGAAGCCAUUCAACCAGCUAGGAAUUUUGCCAAGUAUAUUGAAUAUGACUUGAGCAAGAUGACCGAUACCAAAGGUGGCUUUCUUACAGCAGAAGACGAUCCGUACAACAAAGCACUUCACCGCGAGGAUGGAGACGUUAAACCAGCGGAUAUGACUCUAAAGGAGUGGGAAAGGCAGCGGCUACUACGUUCCUUGCAAUCUCGAAAAGUGGGUCCUUUUGAGCCAGGCAUCAAUGAAUUGAAGCGCGAGGAACAGAACAAGCAAUGUCGAGAAUGUGGUAGUCUGGAGAUAGAUUGGAAAUGGGAAGAAAUUCUGAAGUGUGCAGUGUGCAAUGCUUGCAAAGACAAGUGCCCGGAGAAAUACAGUCUGCUUACGAAGACGGAAGCGAAAGACGAUUAUCUAUUGACGGAUCCGGAAUUGAAAGAUGAAAAUCUGUUACCACAUUUGGAACGUCCGAACCCGCACAAGUCGACUUGGAACAACAUGAUGUUGUACCUGCGCUACCAGGUGGAAGGAUACGCUUUUUCAGAGAGAAAAUGGGGUUCUCCAGAGGCACUGGACGAGGAGUUUACCAGGCGGGAGACCGAGAAGAAGAAGCGUAAAGAAAGCAAGUUCAAGUCGAAGCUUGAAGAUCUGAAGAAGAGGACCAGGGUUGAAGCAUGGCGAAGGAGUCGACGGGGAGGGAGUGGAGGCAAUUUCGGUGAUGAUCUCCCGGGCGGCAAGCAUGUGCAUGAAUGGUCACGACCAAUUGAAAAUCCCAAGACAGGUGUUUCGGUCAAGACGUGUAUAGGAUGUGGAAUGGAUGUGGAGGAGCUGCAGUUCUAG